AUGACGGCUUCACCGUCUCGCGUGCUAGAAGAGCUCGGUGCGACCGUGCAUGGACAUCGUGACAUCCCUAGACUGGCCUGCCCAAAGCAUUCCCUGAACUGGUUGAACCAGUCGAACAAAGCCAACUACUUCUUUCUGAUGCAAGUAGGGAACUACUCGUCGACAGACAGCAUCGACUACAACCUAGUGCGGAUCACCUUGACGGGAUGCGGACUGUCCAUGGUGGGGACAAUGCUGUCCCUCUUCCUCAUCUGCUUCCUUCCGCUGAAGAGUGACGGACUGUUUGUGGUGGGGAACCAGUGCUUCGCCCUGCUCAUUGCUCAACUCUCAUUCAUCGCCGCUGAAAACUCAUUUCCAAUGAAAGUGAUGUGCAAGCUGUCUACAUCUGUUCUCCACUACUUCUUCCUCACCAUACACUUCUGGUCACUCGCGUACUCUCUCUACCUCAUCAUCAAGGCUAAACGAUGGAACAUCACCCAGGCGUAUCGUGUCCGCACCCUGUUCAUGGUCGUCGGGUGGCUCGCUCCUGCCUUCAUCGUGGCCGUCACUGCUGUCAUCAGGGGCGACACAUACGGCAACGACGCUCUAUGUUGGUUGAGUCGGCACAAGAUGACAAGGUGGGCGUUCGUUGGUCCUGUCGUCGUUAUUCUCUUCAUCAACUUCGCCGUCAUGAUCGCUAUGAUGCUCACUCGCCUUGUUCUUGAUGUCAACAAGAGCGUCUCUCUACUCAAAAAGAUCAAACACCAGUUCCUGACGGCGGCGUCCCUCAUCCCCGUGUUAAGCCUGACCUGGGUUUUCGGCGUCCCCUCAGCAGCCCUCAACACCGGCUUCAUCUAUAUGUUCGUCAUCUUCAACUCCUCACAGGGCUUGUGGCUGUUUCUGGGACACAUGAUCGGCAGUCAGCAGAUACGCUCCCUCCUGUUCUCCAAGCCACUCCAAGAAAACGGCGAAAUGAAGAGCGAGGCGAGUGACCUUGACGCCAGUGAUGACACUGAUUCAUCACAGGUUGUCAUAGUAGACGAUUUGGGGCCUAAUUAUAGGAAAGGCUGAUCAAUGUACUCACGAUAGAAUUACUUGCACUCAGAGAGGACUGCAUGUUCACUAGGACCUGUCAUCAACAUAAUACAUCGGUUGUUUCGGCUAACCAAGUGUCCUCAUACAGUAUUCUUUAAGCCUUGAUGGAUAGAACUAUACCAGCUUGACAUACCCAUUAUUUGAUACAAAAUAACUGGACAUUUUGAAGUAAUAACAUGUAUUUCCCCUGUCGAUUUGAUUGUAGAAAUUAAGAUAACAAUUCUUUGGUUUAGUGCAUCUGAGAAUUCUGAUAAACCUUGAGCCUGUAGUCACGGUGUUCACCGACAGGGGUCGCUGGAAGGUGUUUUUUGUAGGGAGAUCGCAAUGAUUCAUCUGUUUAUGAUGUCAGUGAACGAACAUGCACGUUCUCAAUCAUACACUGAAGUGAAUAUAAAGUCCCUCAAUAAUCAAAUCAAGAUACACCUAUCAAAGUGUUUUUAAUGUUUAACUAUAUCAAAAGUAUGUCAUUUAUGGGUUUGUUCAUUUCCCUAUGGAUGUAUUUCAUUAAUGGGAGACAAGGCUUUGGUUAGAGGAAAUCCAGUAACUAACAAGGUAGGACAAGGCACAAGACUGGUAAUGUCAAAUGUGAAAGUUGCCGAAAUGAAAUAUUUUUACCAAAAAUAUCGCAUAUGUUCAGAGUUUUUAUCAUUUUUAACACUUGAACGUUUUGGUUGUCUGACAUGAUUAUUGCAAACGUAUGUCUAAAUGAGCGACAGCUGCAAGUGCGAGUCUGUGAUCUAAGAUUAUUUAUAUUUUUUAUUUGUUUGUUUCGAGAAUAUCAGUAUGUUUCAAUUAAGUGAUCAAAUGUUUCCUAAAAAAGUACAAAUUCAGCCGUUUGACACUAUUUUACAAGAACCGAUGUAUUUGAUGUUGUUAUUAAAUGAAACGAAGUCUAGGUCUUAUUCAUAUGAACAUAUACGAUAACUUUCAUGAUCAUUUUUAAAGGCUCUGCUCAAUUCUUUAAUUAUGCAUAUUUAGGUCGCUUAUCCGUAUUUGUCAGUAGAGUAAAUUCCAUUCACAUACCAACAUAGCUGUUGAUAACGAUAAAAAUACCUACAUUGUCUGGCGCAAACAUUCUUAUGUCAACGUCUGGGUAGGCCGAAAAUGGACACUAAUUUCGUGGAGCAUUGUCCCGCAUUAAUUCGUGUUUUUAAUGAUACUUUUGAAUGGGCGCACACACUGGUACAUAUAGUGAGUGCUUUAGAAUACUUACCAUAGCUGUAUAUUCGUUGUUGUCUACCCAUGGCACAAGGUUUAGUGCCACAUGUGAGUGAGUGGAUGAGUUUAGUUUUACGUUGCUUAUAGCAAUAUUCCAGCAAUAUCACAGCAGGGAACAAACAGAACUGGACUUCACACAUUGUACCCAUGUGGGGAAUCCUUCCUGGGUCUUCAAAGUGACGACCUAUCCUUUAACCACUAGGUUACCCCGCCGCCCCUAAUACCACAUGUAUAUCUGUCACAUGGUUAUGUUUCCUCAUUUAGGUCACACGAAUAUCUUGUGUUGCGUUGUGUCUAUGGCAUUCAGGUCGGCCAGGUUAAAAGCACAAACCUUUAAUCUCCACAUCAGUUGGAUAACUUCAUCAAAUAACAUUUCAUUUGUUAUAUUUUCCAAAACAUAUUUAUUACAAGAAUAAUGGAACUGAUUGAUAAAUAGAUCAUUAUAGAACUGUGCAUUCUUUUUCAAGACAGUAAACAAUGGUUCCGUUCCAUAAUAUUGCAUGGAAUACUUAUACUGGUUCUUUAAUGGACAAGGCAGAUAAUAUGAUAAUGAUAAUCUAAGGUAGGAUAUUUUAACGUACAACGAGAGACGAUUUACGUUAUUCUGCCCAUUACAUAUGGCUAUCCCUCAAACUGGCCUCUGUCCUGAUCAGAUGAACCGCCUUUGAAUUAAGUGUCAUGGAGAAAAUACUUUUCGUUUGUCACUUACCACUUUUUUAGGCUGUGGUAAAAUUACACAUUGCCAAUAAAUAUCAGAUUUGUUUAUCAGAAUGUUCAGAAUAUUUGACAAAGUAAACAUGUCGCUGCAUACUGGAUCAGAUGAACCGCCUUUGAAUUAAGUGUCAUGGAGAAAAUACUUUUCGUUUGUCACUUACCACUUUUUUAGGCUGUGGUAAUAUUACAUACAUGUAUUACCAAUAAAUAUCAGAUUUGUUUAUCAGAAUGUUCAGAAUAUUUGACAAAGUUAACAUGUCGCUGCAUACUGGCAUUUCUUUCUCAAACACAUGAACACACGCCUUUACGAUAUAAUGAGAUCAAGAUUCUAUUGCACCUGUAUACUUGAAGUAAAGCGUUUACACCCUCAAUCAACGUUAAAACCAUCUACGUAUUAUUCGCAUUUGCACGUUCGAUUGACAUUCUAUUUAAUAAUUUGUUUUAAAUAAAACAUCUCUGUUAACGUCUGUCAAUGGUAUGUAGAAGAAACAAUGCAGCAACUUCUAUCUCCAAUGUGUUGUGACCUUACGCUGCUCUUAUAAACUGUUCUAGAUCAUGUGUGUAUCAUGGAAGCCACAUUAUGUACGCGUGUUCUGUAGGAGACAGGUUGAUGUAGCUAUGACUGAUAGUAUUGAGGAGAUAGUGUAAAUGCACGUUUGUAGUACCUGUAUUCGUGAGCCACUUUACCAUACAGAGUCUGUUACCUGUAUGACAGUAGCUGGUAUUAUAUGUGAACAUUAUUCACACUAAAGUAGCUCGGAAACAGAAAGGAAAUACGGUUACCUCACAAAUCCAGGUGGUAAGAUUCAUACUUUCAUGUACGUAGAUGAUACAUAUAUUUACGUAUAUUUAUGAGGAGUAGGUAUACUCUUCUAUCUCAUUAUCGACUUUCCAUAUUUCCUCAGUAAUCGACAACAGUCUCGCGUCUAUUUUAUGUAACCGGAUCUUCAUUGUGAUGAGUAAAUACUUUACCUACUAGGUUUACCCCACCCACACUCCACCCACACCCCCGUCCUCCCACACCUUGACAUGUCGUUAUUGAGAUAUUAUCAAUACUUUAAAAUAAAGAAACCCUUUAGAUAUGUCGUAUAAGUUUAAUUAAAUGAAUAUAUUUGAGUUUUGGCUUUGGUUUUAACGCCUAUAGAUAAAAACGAUCAUUUGAAAUGAUUUCAUUUACUUGUGUAAAUACAGAAAAGGCCAAAUUUAAAUAGACGACAACAUCCUACUUAACAUUUACAUAUAUCAUACAUCACGAAGAUGGGUACGUACCAUCUACGUACGUAGAAGUAAAGUAUCAUCUAAGUAUGUGAAAGUAUUUUCUACCUAGAUGUUAGUAUCGUCUACGUGACUGUGGUACCAAAACGCUUCCAAUGAUUCUAACAUAGUUUUAUUGGAAAUGCCAAAAGGUAUUGACUAAUCAGUAGUCAUGUCAUUGAGAAGGAAAGAUAUAUGGCAUUUUGUAUGUGCAAUAUUGUACGUACCCCAGCUCAAAUAUGUUGAAACAUAAGUAGUUGAUCAAUUUAUUGAAAAAGUAUAGAUUUCACUGGGCUCGUAUAAUAUUGUAAAACUAAACAUAGACGGUUUUGGCCAUAGUGUGAUAAUGUUGAUAGAUUGUAGAAUAUAGAGAGUGUGAGUGAGUUCAGUUUUACGCCGCUUGUAGCAAUAUUUCAGCAAUAUCACGACGGGGAACACCAGAAAUGGGCUUCACAUAUUGUACCCGUGUGGGGAAUCGAACCCGGGUCUUUGGCGUGACGAGCGAACGCUUUAACCACUAGGCUACCCCACCGCCCCUAGAGAGGAUAGAGGGGAGAUUUGUAUCUUUUCAUAGACCAACAGAAUGACCUGAUAUAACAGUUGCAAGUACAUGUCCUUAAUAAUUCAUUUAUACAAAUUAACGUACAUGUAUGUUGUAAUUACAAGUACAACUAUUUCCGGUAGGACAAUAAGAGAUCGUGUUUGUUUACAGGUUAAACAACAGGUUAACCAGAACCACGGUUUUCAAAUGCCAAGUUAGUUGGAGUUUAAAAAUUUACACAUUUUACUUUUGUUAGUGAUUAUUCCUAUGUUUUGCUCAAAAGUUCUGCUCCAGCUUCGCUCGCUUUGUGCACCCGGGCAACAAGUCCAUUAGGAACAAAUAUGUCUAAAAUUGUGACGUAUACAUUUUCGAACAUUUGCCAAUGCAAAUCGCACUGAUUAAACUCACCCUGGAAUGCCCAUUAUAACUGAGCAAUGCAUCUGUUACUGCGCAUGUAGUCAGCCAUUUGAAACACCUGGACCACGUUUUUUGUUUGAACUUGCUGCUUGCUAUACUUAUGUCAAUAUUUGAGAAUAUUAUGUUGGAUUAAAUUGAAAGCACAAUAUCCACAUUAAGCACAACCAUAAUACUGAACUGGGUAUUAUGGUUGUGCUAAAUUCCCUACUGCCAUCUCUCUCUCUCUCUCUCUCUCUCUCUCUCUCUCUCUCUCUCUCUCUCUCUGAGUCAUUAUAUUGUUAUGUAAUGCAAAAUUGAAGGAAACGAUGUUAGGCAUUUUCAUGCAGUUCUGUUCAUGCAGGCCUUACGUGUAUCGAAAAGUAUUACCUUACCUAUGCCUAUAACAUAUCACUUCAAAGCAGUGCUUGUUCCUAGUUGUGGUAUUAGGCAGGACUCACAAUAAAAUCCCAAAUGUGUCAAAAACAACUGAUGAUUUCUUACUCCUCGGUCUGAAUUAACGGAAGAUUUAAAUCAAUUUCAGAUGGUGGUUAUCUCCGAGGCCUCAGAUUUUCAAGUAAAAAUGUCAAAAUGGCGGGAAUUAGCACAUGAAAUGAGCAUUGCUUUGAGUACAUCGGUAGGGGAAGUAUCAAAACCUGCUCCCCUUGGGUUCAAAUACUGACUGCUGCUUAUUGCUUUAUGUUUAAUUUUUGCUUAUUCUUGUGGCCUGUAUUGCAUGGAAAUCUGGCAACACCAGGAGCACUUUAAAGACUGAUUGUGUAAACUGAACGGCAUGUGCAAUGUUUUCAAUGUACUAUGUGGCAUAAUACCUUAAAUGAUGGUUUGUUGUACAUUUGCCCCACAUCUGCAGCUUUUGUAACCCAGACAGGAUAUAUAUCUUAGACAGAUAUUAUGUAUAAGGGAAGCUUUCUCUUGUGUUAUGCUCUGUUAUUUAUACUUAUAAUGAAAAUUUGAACAGAAAGAGGUAUUUGUAAAUUGCUGUAACAGGCUUUUGUGCUUUCUUUGGUGA